AUGGAAAAUUCCAAUAGCACAGCAUUCAAACCAGGUGAAAUCACAGUAGUAUUCGUUCUUGGUGGCCCUGGAUCCGGGAAAGGCACCCAGUCAGUUUUACUAGUUAAAGAUUAUGGAUUCGUUCACCUAUCUGCUGGUGACUUGUUGAGAGAAGAACAGUCGUUUCCUGGUUCUGAAAAUGGGAAACUAAUCUCAGAGUAUAUCAGCGAGGGCAAAAUUGUUCCAGAAAGAAUAAUCAUCGAGUUGCUAUUGAAUUCCAUCCAAAGGAAUUUCGAUAAAGGCAACAAGAAGUUUUUGAUCGAUGGGUUUCCAAGAAAAAUGGACCAGGCUCUAACAUUUGAGAGGAAGAUUGCUGAAUCAAGCUUUAUCUUGUUCUUCGACUGUCCUGAGGAAGUGUUGGAAACGAGGUUGUUGGAAAGAGGCAAGACAAGUGGACGAACAGAUGAUAACCUCGCCAGUAUCAAGAAGAGAUUCAGAGUGUUCGCUGAAACAUCUUUGCCUGUAGUUAAUCAUUAUGAAGCGAAGCAGAAGGUGGUUAGAAUCAGCAGCGAAAAGCCUAUCGACCAGGUCUACAGCGCUGUUAAAGCUGCCCUCGAGGCCAGGUCUUUCUAA